AUGUGGUCAUUGGACUUGGACGAGGUUUAUGGACACAAGUUUAAGUCGAGUCAAGUGAAAGCCUUCGUCCGAACCAUCGACAGUCACCUGGAACCUUCAGAACCUCGGGCACAGAUGGAUGCGCUGGUGGACGAGUUGAUGUUCCCAGACUACAACGAGAAUCCCGGUGAUGGAUAUCAGUAUUUCUAUGAUCACUUCCGAAGGUACAUGGAAACAUCGCGAACGACAGAUCCAGCUGAGUUCCAGAUUGGUUGGUUGGCCCGCAAGAUUGUUGUUCAGGCCUGCCUUAGAGACAUGCGCACUGCUUUGUCACAGCCAGGUCUGUCGACCACGUCGCGCAACUGUCUCAAGGUCACUGCGAUCCAAUUGGAUUCCAUGUGA